GGGUAUUUUCCCACAACCCCGCGGAACCGGAAGCAGCGCGCUGUGUGUUUAGAGUCGCUGCUACUGCUAGCUGCACAGCGGCUUCUACAUCUACGCUGAAGAACACCUAACAACCUGCCAGAGUUUAUUUUCCUUGUGAGAGCUUCAGGAUCGCUGGGAUACUCGAUCAGUUCCUCGGCCUUCAUCAUCAUCAUCAUCAUCAUGCCAGCCGCACUUGCAGAUACCAGUCAAAUUAUCUGUGAGGUAUGGGCCAGCAAUGUGGAGGAGGAGAUGAGGAAGAUCCGACAGAUCAUUCAAAACUACAACUACAUCGCCAUGGACACAGAGUUUCCUGGCGUUGUAGUUCGUCCCAUUGGAGAGUUUCGCAGUACUGUUGACUAUCAGUACCAGCUCCUGAGGUGCAACGUGGACCUUUUAAAAAUCAUCCAGCUGGGUUUGACGUUUAUGAAUGAAGAGGGAGACUACCCGCCUGGAACCACAACAUGGCAGUUCAACUUCAAGUUCAAUCUGACAGAGGACAUGUACUCCCAGGACUCCAUAGAUCUCCUCCAGAACUCUGGGCUGCAGUUUAAGAAGCACGAGGAGGAGGGCAUCGACACACUCUACUUCGCAGAGCUCCUGAUGACGUCAGGCCUGGUGCUGUGUGAAAAUGUCAAGUGGCUCUCCUUUCACAGUGGAUAUGAUUUUGGAUACCUGGUGAAGCUCCUCACAGACACCCGGCUGCCAGAAGAGGAACACGAGUUCUUUCAGAUCUUAAACCUUUUCUUCCCAGCCAUUUACGACGUCAAAUAUCUUAUGAAGAGCUGCAAAAACCUCAAGGGUGGACUUCAGGAGGUUGCGGACCAGCUGGAGCUGAAAAGGAUCGGCAGGCAGCAUCAGGCCGGCUCGGACUCGCUGCUCACUGGAAUGGCUUUCUUCCGCAUGAAAGAGCUGUUUUUUGAAGACAACAUCGACGAUGCCAAGUACUGUGGGCGACUCUAUGGCCUGGGAUCCGGUUCCUCUCAAAGUCAGAACGGAAUCUCCAAUUCCUCGCAGGAGGAAGCCAACAACAAGCACUGACUAAAACCAAGUGGAUGACGCACUUGUUUUAAUCCCACUCAGCAUUGUUCUUUACAAAGAUGAUUUCAAAUGAUUCAUGCAUUCUAAAGGGACAUUGGGAAAUGCAAACAAGCUAAUCUCCGAUUCUGUUCUGCUCUGUAGUCCAUCACACCACGACGUUCCAGGACUCUAGAUGUGCUCCUGUUCUUCCCAUCGGCUGCUUUUUUGAACAUUUUAUCUUUUGUUUUACAGUAUUAAAAACACCAUCGUUUUAAGCAUGGGACCAGCGCUUGUGUAUCUUACUGCUUACGAGACUCCAGGCAUUUUAAUAUGCUCUGUCCUUUUUAGAAAUGUUUUGAUAUUUUCUGGAAAGGCUUGAGAUUGAAUCAUCACUGCGAUAAGAGGAAAUGCCUUCUCAACGUUGGAACACGUGACUUUGGGGUUGUGUUUUUAAAACAAGCCAGCAUGUAUGUAUAUUAAGAUCGAAACUUUCAAAAAGAGAUUGCUAUCUUUAAGCAUUUUUCCUGUAAUAAAUACAUUUUAGAUUGAGGUUUGGGGCAUCUUUGAGAACACAAGUCCACUGGUCCUAUGUAACCGUUUUAAAUUUGUUCGUCACACGAUCUCGACUGUUUGUGGUACGUGUUUUUAUUGUAUCUGUUGUUCGAGGCAGUUGUGUAUUAAAAUGUUUUCUAUCGCCA